AUUUAUUUAAAUUUCAAAAUAAUAAAUCAAAAAAUCAAAAAAUAAAUUGAAAAAUGACAUCCACCAUGCGUCAAUAUUACAAUCUAUAUUCAUUUAUUUUUGUUUUGAUAAAAUAUAUUCAAUUAUUAGCAUACCUCAAUUUGAAACACUCUAUUUAUACUCUUCUUGAGUACUCUAUUACGCCAAACAGAGAUAUGGGAAUUUUCACAAUGCUCUCGACCACACUCUGCCUUCCGUUUUUCUUCCUCUGUCUUAAAACUGCCUUUUCAUCCUCUUUACACUUCUGCUCUCAUGAGGAGGCUGCUGCUUUGUUGCAAUUCAAGACUUCCUUUCCCAUCAAUUACACUGUUUGUUAUUCUAAGACUGAGUCAUGGAAGGAAGGUAUAGACUGCUGCUCCUGGGAUGGGGUUAGCUGUGAUAAUGUCACAGGUCAUGUAAUUGCCCUUGAUCUCAGCUCCGAUUGCCUUUCUAGAACCUUUCCUUCGAACAGCACUCUUUUUCUCCUCAAAAACCUAAAGAGCCUCAAUCUUUCCUUCAAUGAUUUUAGGCUUUCCAAGAUUCCACCAGAAAUCAGUCAGUUUACUAGACUAAAGCAUCUUGAUAUCUCUUAUUCUGAAUUUUCGGGCCAAGUUCCAGCAAAAAUUGCUCACCUCUCAAAGUUAGUUUCUCUCAAUCUCUCUAACUUCUUCAGUUUUGAGUCUGAUACUAUGGUCUUUUCGUCUCCUCGUAAUUUGAUCCUUGAAACAACUACCUUGAGAAAUCUUGUUCAGAAUUUGAGUGAGGUGAGAGAACUUGUGCUUAGUGGAGUGGACAUGACAUCUGUUAAUCCUCGUUUCUUCAUGAAUCUCUCUUUUUCUUUGACUACUCUUAAUCUUCGUGAUUGUCAGUUAAGAGGAAACUUUCCAAACAGUAUUUUUCGCUUUCCAAAUCUCAAAAAUUUUUAUUUAAGUGGAUCUUUUGGAAAGGGAAACCUCACUAUUGAUCUUCCAAGUUCCAAUUGGAGCAGUCCUCUCCAACAGUUAGAUCUAAGUGAUAUGGAUUGCGGAAGGCGAUUGCCAGAGUCUAUAGGAGAUCUAAAGUCAUUACAGUCUCUGUGUCUUUCUCACUGCAACUUGGAAGGUUCCAUUCCAACUUCCAUAGGGAACUUAUCUGAACUUACCUCUCUUGAACUUUCCAGUAAUCAGUUUUCUGGUCCCAUUCUAGCUUCCAUAGGUAACUUAAGGCAACUUACCUCUCUUUACCUUUCCGGUAAUCAGUUUUCUGGUCCCAUUCCAGCUUCCAUAGCUUCCAUAGGUAACUUAAGGCAACUUACCUCUCUUUACCUUUUCGAUAGUCAGUUUUCUGGUCCCAUUCCAGCUUCCAUAGGUAACUUAUCUCAACUAAUUGACCUAAGCCUCUCUUCUAACAAUUUUAACGGACAAAUCCCAUCAUCACUUGCAAACCUCACACAACUUACCUUUCUUGGCCUUUCAAAUAAUCAGUUUUCUGGUCCCAUUCCUUUUCAUGCAAGUAGGUUUUCCAAACUAAGCAUUCUAGACUUAUCUUAUAACUUACUUAACGGCACGUUGCCACCUUGGAUUUUCACCCUACCUUUGUUAGAGUACUUGUAUCUCAAUCAUAACCAAUUUCAAGGUCAAAUAAUUCAAUUCCAGCAAAACUCACUCACACUCCUAGAUUUGUCAAACAAUAAACUCCAGGGCUCAAUUCCUAACUCAAUUGCUAAUUUAGUAAAUCUUAAUUAUCUUGGUUUAUCAUCAAAUCUUUUUACUGGUUUAGUAGAACUUGACAUGUUCUCAGUGCUUCAAAAUCUGGAAACCAUCUUUCUUUCAGACAUUAAUCUGUCCUUGAGAAUGAAUGUCAAUGCCAACUUCACAUUACCCAAACUAACUGAUGUCUCCUUUUCUUCUUGUAACUUGAGUGAAUUCCCCAAUUUCAUAAGACAUUCAAAUGGUCUGCAAAGCCUAGUGCUAUCCAAAAAUAGCAUUCAUGGAAAUAUUCCCGAAUGGAUAUGUGAAAAGGAUGAUAUCCAAGUUCUUGACCUUUCUCAUAACAAUUUAAUCGGGAAGAUUCCAAAUUGUCUUCUUAAGUUUCUCUUAGUGUUGAAUUUGCAGGCCAAUUACUUUGAUGGAAAUAUACCAUUUGGGUUUCCAGAGGGCUGUGAAUUACGAAAUCUCAACUUACAUGGAAAUCAAAUGGACGGGUUAUUACCAAGGUCUUUGGUGAAUUGUAGCAUGUUAGAGGUUCUAGACGUUGGCAACAACAGCAUAGAGGAUACAUUUCCUCAUUGGUUGGAAUCUCUACCAGAGCUUCAAGUGCUUGUCUUAAGGUCCAACAAGUUCCACGGUUUUGUGCAGAGCACCAAAGAAAGUCCAUCUUUUCCCAAGUUACGAGUUCUGGACCUCUCCAGCAAUGAUUUUCUUGGUCCUUUGCCUCUUCGGUACAUGGAAAAUUUUAAAGCAAUGAUGGAACCUCAUGGAGAGGAUGGUUCCCCUGAAUACAUGAAGGCGCCAACGAAUUCUUAUCAAUAUUCACUGGUUGUGACAUGGAAGGGAUUCGAGUAUGAGCUGCAGGGAAUCUUGACCGUAUUCAGUAGUAUUCAUCUCUCAAAUAACAUGUUUGAGGGAGAAAUUCCAGAUGUUAUUGGAAAGCUUAGUUCUCUCAAAGGGCUUAAUCUUUCUCAUAACAACCUUACUGUUGCUUAUUUGCACGGCUGAUAGGAAACAACCGGGGAAUUUUUCUUGUGUUCUGUAAAUAUGGUUUGCCUAUUUCUUGAUUCAAUUUUGAAUGGAUAAAUGCCUCAAUUGGCCUGGAGCAAAUUUAUCUAUCUAGCAUUGUAAUGCUGGCUAUAACCUUAGCACCGUAAGAUAUAUUAAGUCCAUGGACCAGAGAAUGAGUAAUUGAGGUGAGAGGUUUACAACAUGCAUCAUGGAAGCUGUUUGAGUUUUCU